AUGGUGGUGACGAUUUUCAUCACUUCGGUGACCGGGUCCCGGGAGGUGAGUUAAAACCAGGACAUAUUAGCGCGAAUAAGUGACGUCAUUAAGUAUAGAAGUAUAAACCGUAUGGGUAUGAUGCUGUUUAUGGACAUUGUCAGUGAUCGUACUGUGCACACUGCUUAUAAGGGUUCUGACAUUCUGAUUGGCAUUGAUUAGUGUCAUGGUAACGUUCUAGUUAUCUGUAUAGAUCUCUCUCUAUAUAUAUAUAUAUGUGUGUGUGUGUUUUAUUUUCCUAACUGAGAGCAAUGCAUGCUAUUGUGCGCUAUGUACACCCCUUUACCUUUGUAUGGGGAGUUGCUAUAAACCAUGUUUACUGUGUGAUUGUACUAGUUUUCAGCUCUUAUUUCCUGCUGCCUGCGUCUUACAUUAAUACUUCUUGAUUGUUGGAGGGUCAUACAUCAGGCACUUCAUAUCCUGGUGCAUGUGUGUACAUGCUGCAACUUGUGCUCGUAAAACACACGAAGCUAAUCUGCCUAUGAAUAGGCAUUUGCUUGUGGUUUGUAGUAAGAUACCUGUCUGCGACAGCAUGGAUUUUGUGUAAGUUUUAUUUUCGGUAAGAGGGAUUCGAACCAAAAAGAGAACUUUUUUGCAAAUCUAUUUCAUAAUAUUUUCUAUGUAAACACUUAAAAUACAAAGUCUGUUUUCACCUUUCCACUUUUGCUUGCAAAGCUUUGUUUUUUUUGGCAGUAUGCCCCUUUUAUAUGGGUGUUUCCUCUCUUUGUGCCAACUGUUGUGAAUUAUAACACAGGUUUCCAGAAUGAUUGAGGCAGUAAAGGGAAUUGCAACCAUCCUCCACAAGCAAAACCAUUUUGGAAGAAAAGUUACUUCCCACAUGUAUAUUUUUUUUUGUCUGUGUUUCCUCAUUUAAUUUCUUCUGUAAUAUUUUCAUUGUUAUGCCACCGUACACUCUGCAAGACUUAUGGUGCCACAAUUCCAGGUAGUCUUUGGCAGGUGAGCUCAGGGCUAGGUGUUACACACUAGUUACUAGUAGAUUAGUGUAUUUUACAUAUAUACUUUUGGCAAAAGGCAUUUCAUAUACACUGAUCAGCCAUAACCUUAAAACCACCUGCGUGACUUAUUUAUUUAUAAAAUAUUUUACGAGGAAGGAUACAUUGAGACUUCUGUCAUUUUCAUGUAUGUCCCAGACAGACAUUGCAUUGUUACUAUAGGGUACAAUAUAAUAUUACAAAAAAUAAUACAAUAUAUACAUACAUACAUUUAACACAUAACAGGUAAUACGUAUAGUGUAGCUCUCCCUUGUGCUGCCAGAACAGCUCUGCUGUGUCAAGGCAUAGACUCCAUAUGACCGCUAAUUGUGUUCUGUGCACCAAGACAGUAGCAGCAUAUCCUUUACAUCCUGCAAAUUCUGAGGUACAACCUUCAUGGAUCGGAAUGGUUGUUCCAGCACAUCCCACAGAUGCUCAAUCGGAUUGAAAUCCAAAGAAUUGGGAGGCCAUGUUCAUCAAACUAUUCCUGAACAAUUUUUGCAGGUGGCAGGGUGCAUUAUCCUGCUAAAAGAGAUAUCUGUAUCUCUCCAUCUAAUGUAUUUGUUCUUGUUUUUUUUUUUUUUUUUUCUCAAAUAUUUCCAUAAUGCAUUUGAAAGAGGUCUAAAAUACAGCUUGCUAUGACGCCCCUUUAAUAAAUAAAUUAAAAUGUAUGAAGACUGAUUUGUUUUUACUAUUCAUAUUUAAGUAUUGACCCGUCAAAAACAACAUAAGUUAACAGGAGGUUAACGGAAACAGGUUUGUUUUCUAUUUUAGGAAGUUAAAUCUGACUGACCUUCAGGAAGCUUUCUGCUCUAAGAUUCCUGUUCAGACCUCUAGAGAAUAUACUAAAGCUUCAAGUUAUUUACUGCCUAAACUUUUUAAUGUGACAGGAGGUAUUCCUUCUGGUACUAACAAACUAUAGAUGGUCUCAAUGUACUCCCCCUCCCACUUUAGGCGGUCAAGUCCUUAAACGGAAGUCUUGGUCCAAAAUUUGCACAAAUAUUUCCUAAGCCCUUAAACCACUUAACUUUAAUUAAUGGACGACUCCACACCCCAAAAGCACUUAAAGUGGCACUGUCAUGGCCGAAUCCAGUUUUUUUUUUUUUCAACCCCCCCCCCCGACUACACUACAUCUUAUUGACCCUCUAGUCACCCCUAAGCCACACAUAUUACCUGUUUGUUUUUUUAAAUCUUUAUUUUCUGCCUGCCAUCUUUGGGUGGGUAGAUGAAGGCCCUGUGGGACACGUAAUCUGCCCACAGUAGAUAGCACUGUGAAAUUCCCACGCAUGCCUAGUUAAACACUUGGGCACGCGAACGGGAAUUUCAUCUAUUCAUUCAUCAGAAAGACGAAUGAAUAGAAAUGUCAGACGAACAAGCAUACACUGAAUAUCAGUGUUUAUUUGUUCGUUCAGUUUAUUACAAGGAGGGAGCUACACGCUCGCAGCUCCCUCCUUGUAAAAUGUUAAGAUAGAAGCGGCAGGGAGCAGUGCUCCCUGACAUUUCCUAAGCUCCCCAUGUCCUCCCUCAAUAUGACUUCCAUAAUAGCAUAAGGGAGAUUAGGGGCAUGUCUACUAAACAGUCUCACUGUUAAAAAAAAUAAAAAAAUACUAGUGCUCCCACACCUGAGUGGCGGCCCUAAAGGAUAAUGAGGGGGGGGACCUAUUGUCCUCCCCACCAGCCCCCACCCCUGAGCGACGGGUGGGGGCCCUAAAGGAUAAAAUCUUCAUUUUUCAGCUCUAAAAAAGGCCAAAUAAAAACCAUAAUACCCGUCGAACUUGUAAAAAAUAAAAUAAACCCUCUAGCGCAAAAAAAAAUCCAACGAGAAAGGAAAAAACAUGACGCUAAAAAAAUAAAUCUAUCUUCACCCGGCAAGGGCACGGCGCAGACUGAGCUCCGCAGGGCGGGCAAAGGCUUAUAAAGCAUUCCCACGCCCUGCAAUUUGACUCGGAACACUCUGGUUGACUUGGAAUUCAACCAAUCAGAGUGCUAGUCAUUUUACACAGCGUAGGAAAGUUCUUUGAAUUUUCCCAUGCUGUGUAAAAUGACAGAGCACUCUGGUUGAAUUUCAAGCCAACCAAUCAGAGUGCUGUGAUAGGUAAACGUAGAGACUUGCCUGUCUGUCUCUUCAUUUACCUGUCAUAGCACUCUGAUUGGAUGGCUUAAACCAACCAAUCGGAGUGCUCUGAGUCUAAUUGCAGGGUGGGGAAAGGCUUUAUAAGCUUUUGGGUGGAACUUUUUUUUUUUUUUUCUGGAUGCGGAUCCUAUGGGAAAGCGAUUGACGAUCUCAGCUAUUGAGGCAAAACCAGCACGCCGUGGGAAAAAGGGUGAGUAAAAACCUCUCGUGUAAACCUAUUUAAACCUAUUUAGUUUAGAAAAACGUCGCCUGAGAGGGGAUAUGAUAACAUUAUACAAAUAUAUUCAUGGCCAAUACAAACCAUUGUGUGAAAAUCUAUUCACAAACCGGACUUUACAUAGGACACGAGGCCAUGAGUUUAGACUGGAAGAAAGAAGAUUUCGUCUAAGGCAAAGGAAAGGUUUUUUUACUGUAAGAACAAUCAGGAUGUGGAAUUCUCUGCCUGAGGAAGUGGUUUUAUCAGAGUCCAUACAGAUGUUCAAACGGCUACUAGAUGCAUACUUGCAAGAACAGAAUAUUCAAGGAUAUAAUCUUUCAAUGUAGGGUAAUAACUGCUUGAUCCAAGGAUAAAUCUGACUGCCAUUCUGCGGUCAAGAAGGAAUUUUUUUCCUAGUUUGUUGCAAAAUUGUGCUUCAAAGUGGGUUUUUUUGCCUUCUUUUGGAUCAACAGCAAAAAACAAAUGUGAGGUAGGCUGAACUUGAUGGACGCAAGUCUCUUUUCAGCUAUGUAACUAUGUGUAAACAGAGGGGGCAGGCACACACAAACACUGACAGAGGCAUUCUCAUACACAAAUUUUAAUUUUUAAUUUUAAUUCAACCAGCCUCUCCAGCUUUGGGAUUGCAGAGUGGAACUUUCCCUUGGGUCCAGUCGGGCUGCUAUCUCUUCCUGCAUGUGAGGGAGCAGUAAUCUACCUGCAGCUCCUCUCUGCUUCCUGUAGUAAUGCCGGGGCCGAAAUGACGUCCUAUUACAGCGCGAGGGAGCGGAGAGGAGCUGCAGGAAGAUCAUUGCUACCAUGUUCCCUGAGUCAGCUGGCUACCAUGCUUCCCAGGGCUCCAUUGUUUGCCCGGCUGCCCGCUUUAACUAAAGGGCUCACAAAUCCCAGUCACCAUGGCGACUAGAAGUUUCGCCCUGGUGCCUGUAUUUGUCUGCCAUUUAGCUAAGGCGGGAUUUUUUAAGCCCCGCUUUACUGCAUGACUGUCAGUGUCACUGGGCGUUAAAGCCUUGCACUGCAUGACUGCAUAAACAGGUUAAUGCAUUUUAAAAAUACAUGGGAGCAUCUUUUAUUCCAGAAUUUCCUUUCUGUUGCUAAUUGAAAAGCCAUACAGCAGCUGUGAUCAGUUUAAGCACAGCCCUAUUCACUGUUUAGCUUGUGGAGCAAGCAUGCAUAUUCAACAGCUCUGCUCUCCCUGGGAGGAGAAAUCUAUUAUUGUUUCAGAUACAGUGAGGUAUAAUUAUUAAUCUCAAAAGCUUACUUUUCUCAAAUGUGGAUAAUUCAUGCGGUUCAACUUUUCCCAUAUCAACUGAAUUAAAAAUUGAGACAAAUUGGUUCAAGUAGUUUUCUAAUGGAUUAAUUCAUUCAUGGGCCAAAGUAGUUUUCUAAUGGAUUCCAUUGCAGCAUUGGUGAUUGUUACAUAGUAGGGUGUAGAAUUUGGAUGGCUCAGGGUUAAACCUGGAAUUCCCCUGGGUCUGUAUCAGGGAAGUGUAUCAAUGGAGAUGAAUCCAUUGCAUUUCAGCUGCAAGGAAAUGCAAAUAUGACUGAAAUAACCAAAUUUGCAUUUUGUGAGUAGUUUUGUAUCAGUCUUCUUAAAAUAUGGAAAAUUAAUAUGCAUAUUUACCUAGUAAUUUUCUUUUCCUAGCUAUUUAUCAUGGCAGCAUCACUUAUGGGUAGCUCCGCCCCUAACCAGAUCAGGACAGUAUCAAUCAAUAUCAAAAAAGAGAGUAAAACACUGGAGGCAUAAAAGGUCUCUCUCUCCUCCUUCCAUACCUCAGUCCAGUUAAAAAGAAAGAAGGGUGGGUGACUUUUCCUGGCUAUUUAUCAUGGCAGCAUAAGAAAAUUACUGGGUGAGUAUGUAAUUUAAUUUUCCGUAUUCCUGGCUAAUCAUGGCAGCAUCACUUGGGUAAUACCCAAGCAAAAUAAUCUUUUUGGAGGUUUAAAUAGAAUUGACACAAGACUCUGAUGAUCCGCAUUAACAGCUGUCAACACUCCUUUGCCAUGGAAGUAGUCAUAGAAUGAAAGUCCAGUUUGUAGUGCUUAAUGAAGGUUGUAGGAGUGGACCAAGUAGCUCCUUUGCAGAUGUCAUCAGGAGGAACCUCUUCCCAAUUAGCCCAAGACGUAGCCAGGACGUAGCCAGGGACCUGGUGGAGUGAGCACUGAUUAUGGCUGGAGGAGUCUGCUUAUACCACAGGUAGCAGUCUAUGACAGUAGCUAUCCAUCUCCGUAAAGGUAGAGGAAGAGGCUGCUUCACCCUUAUGAAGGCCAGAAGGAAGGACAAACAAUUUGUUGGUCUUUCUGAAAACAGAAGUAACCGAUGGGUAUUUGAUUAUAAGAUCUCUCACAUUGAGUUCACGGUAUCGCUCUUCCUGGGGAGAAGCCCUGGAAGUACAGAAGGAAGGUAGAACUACCUCCUGGAGUAGAUGAAAUCUAGAUACGACUUUAGGAAGGAAGUCUUCACUAGGUCUCAGGACCACUCAAUCAUGAAAUACUAGAGAAUGCCUGGAGUUCCGAAAUUCUCUUGACUGUGGAGAUUGCCAUAAGGAACACUGUUUUAUGAGUGAGGUGUUGAAUAGAGAUGUCCUGCAGUGGUGCAUAGGGAUAUUCACUUAGAGCAUUCAGGACUGAUAGUAAAUCCCAUGGAGGAGCGGAGUUCCCGGUUGGAGGGCGUAAGUGUAAUGUUGCCUUAAAGAACCUUGAGGUGAGAGGGUGAGAUGCUCAUGAGGUAUUACAAAGGGCAGACAGAGCUGAGGACUGCACCUUCAACGUGCUUAAGCUGAGACCAUUGUCCAGGCCUGCCUGUAGAAAUUCCAGAAUAUUGAGGUGAGUAAGGUGUUGACCAUCAAAGGACUUCCCCACUGCCCAUUUUUGUAAAGGUUUCCCAAAUCCUGUAGUAGCAGGAAGACAUAAACUGUUUCCUUGCCUUCAGGAGCUGUCAUUCACUGCUUUGGACAGGCCCUGCUUAAGAAGGUAUUCUCCUUUCAACAGCCAGGUUCCAGCUGGAUGGGUUGGGGUGAGUUGCUAGACCUUGGAGUACAAGUUCCGGGGAAAUUGGAAGCAACCAAGGAUGGAUUAGAGACAUUUUCAGAAGAAGGGAAUACCAGGGUCUCCUGGACCAGAUCGGGAUAAUGGCAAUCUCCUUCUUUCUUGAUUUUUUUUUUCUCUCAAUAUCUGGGGAAUCAGAGGCAGUUUUUCUAUGAGGAAAAUACAUUUUUCGACAGAUUUGGAGUUUAAGGAUUUAGGACCAUACUCCGUAUUCUCCUUCUCUUUGUCAGAAAGAUCCUCAAAGGAUUCCAGCUCAGACUCCGAUGAGGGAGAAGUGGGUUCAGCUCUUUGAAGGUUUUUGGAGGUGGUGUUUUUAGUAGAAGCCUUGAAGCCUUCCGCUAUGGCUUGGGAUAUCCAGGUUUUAAGUUCUUCUUGAGGAGAACACUUCCUGGGAUGAAUGUCUGCCACUUCCGUCAUACAGGUGAGGCAUAGGUUUUUACCCUCGAGAGCAGUUUUAUUGCAGGCAAAGCAGCGUUUAGAUUUUUUUCCUUGUGUUUCCUGGGGGAUCUAUCCUCGCACAUGCUUGGACUGCAAAAUAAGAAGGGCCAUGUAAGUAACUAUGGGGCCCAUAUAACACUAUUUUAUUCCCCUUAUAAAUUAAGAAACUUUGGCUCACCUAUGUUUAUUUGAACCUGAGUGGUGGGAGGCAGAGGGAGAAGACAUCUAUAAAAAAAGGAAUAAAAAGCGUAAGGAUAAAUUUGUUUGAAUUAAAAUAUAUUAUUUCCUAUGAAUAUUAAUGAAAAUGGGAGACAGAGGAUCCAUUCUUACCUUAAGGCAUGAAUGAAAAAACAACUGGCAGCACUGAAAGAUAUUUUCAGAGAGACAGAAAGCACUUGUCACUUUAAGAACCGAAUGGAAAGCUGUAUCUUUGAGUAAAGUUUGCGUACGCGCAGAUCCUUUCGCACAUUUUUUCCUAUGACAGUUCGCACAAUUUAUGAGAACAGACUAUAAAUGAACUGAAGUUAGCCAGGGAAUCUCUUGAAAGGAAACUAACGCCUCAGCGUUCGUGCGGCUGAAAGAGAUGAACGAACAGGGAAUCACUUACCAGAUUGCAAGGCUUACCCACAAGGGAACAAGAUCAAACUCCUGAACGAAGGAAAUACACGAACCUGUGAGUACACAAACUAAGGAAAGGUAGAAAUAGAAGGAAGUUUUUCACAUAUAAAGAGGUCUAUCUCCCAGUAGCUUCUAGGUUCUGUAGGUAGAAUAUAAGGCUUCUGAGUACAAUGGAGCCUAGUCCUCAGCAUAUUGUAAGUCAAUCCUUAAACUAGAUUCAAAUCACUAGUUUGAAUCUGACCCAGUUAGUCCUGCUCAUGCAGGUUGUUUAUUAGGUCCUUCAGGCACAGCGAGGCUGAACUGUACCUGGGAGACCCAUGGUACACAUGGGAAGGUGGCCAAAACAGAGAAGAAAAUUAAGUUUUAAAUUCAACCUGUCUGUCCGGUUAAGCACAGGAAUAAAGACCUUUUAUACCUCCAGUCUAUUUCCUUUUUUUUAAAUUUUUUUUUUUUUUUUAUUGGUUGAUCCUGUCCUGAUCUAGUUAGGGGCCGAGCUACCCAUAAGUGAUGCAGCCAUGAUUAGCCAGGAAAUACUUUUUCUGCUGCUUCCCUAUUGGGUUGAUCUCCAAAACAUAUUCUAUUUGUCCCGUUGACCAAAGUUUAAGUUUUUUUUGGUUUGUUUAUUUAUAUUUAAAUAGUGAAGAAUUCCUUUUUGGAUUUUUCAUUAAUAUAGCAUAUGCUUGUGAGUACUGUAAUCUUUGAACUGUUUCCAAUGUCUUCUUGAAACCCUAGACAAAGUCCAAGCAAUGUGAGUCUAUGCGGAUCAUGGACAGUAAGGGCAUAAAGUAUGAGACGGUUGACAUAUCUGUGGACAACAAUUUACGAGAACAAAUGAGGGAAAAGGCUGGGGACCCAAAAGCACUUCCACCCCAGAUCUUCAAUGGAGACCACUACUGUGGGGUAAGAGAAGACCAACAAUGUUAUUGUUAUGCAGUUUUGUCUUAAAACAUUAUCCAAUACCCCUUGUCCAAUAUUGGCCUUUGAGACCUUUUUAUAUAGCAAAACUGUGCUACCCUUUAUAGUAUGUAUUCAUUGCAAAUGUAUUAAACAGAACCAUUUCCCACCAGCAGGAUUGACCUAGCUCCGCUCACUCUAUUCAACCAUAGGCUUUUGCAUUGUUUGUGUGUUGUGUUGUGUUUUGUGACUGUUUACAUGUAAAACCACAAGAGAAAUGUUGUUGCCUGGUUAUGAAUUAAUCCUAUUUGACAGCAGGAUGCUUAUACUGUUGUGUAAAUAUAAUCCCAAACAUCUGCUUCAAUCAAUCUUUUCCAAAUUAUUCUGUUAAAGUUUCCAAGUGAUUUAUCUACAGAAGUCAUUAUUCAUGUCUAUGUGAAUUUUCGUAGAUAAAUAGUUUGGAAUCUUUUCUAUCAGCAAAAUGUUAGUUUUAAAUUAAAAUCUAUAUAUUUUCUAGCAAUGUAUAAAUGAAAUUGUCAUGCCUUUUAAUUAAAACCUAAUUUGUGUAUACUGUACAGGUACACUUUUUGCAUGCCCUGUAAAUGAAAAACGAAAUUUAAUUUCUCUUCUGUGAUUUUCUUCCUACACUUUUCACUAGGGCUAUGAAGAGCUUGUUGCUGCUGCAGAAGAUGGAAUUGUGAACAAGUUUCUGAAGCUUGAGGAUUAA